AAGUUUACGUGAGGAUAACCACGAUCCAGAUCACGAACAUUUCUGUGUACAGAUAAAAACAAUCAACAACGAUGGCGUCUGAUUCAGAAAAGAAAGCUAGCGUGAGAGAAGACCAGUUGCUCGCUAUGCGAGGUAUUGUAGCAGGCAGCGUGUUUUUGUUGCUGGUUGCUCUUGUAGCAGUCUACGGUCCUAUACCAAGACCUCAUCUGCCAAGUUUGGAAGACAAACUAGUUUUCACGCUUCAGUGGCAAGCUGUUUCUGCCUUUGCUCUUAUUGCAGGUAAGGAUGUUGGACUUUUUAAAUUGGUAACUUAGCUAUUGCAGAUAUCUGAUGACUACGUUUUCAGUUCAUUUGUAAGUGUACGUUUCUUUCUUUUUUUGUUGUUGUUUGUUUUUGUGUUGUGUUGUGUUUUGUUUUGUUUUAUUAAUUAACGUGAGUGCGUGCAUGUACAGGUACAAAUGUAUACCUGUAUGAUAAGCGUCCUCAACAUCAUUUCUUCGCGUCCAUACGACUGGACAAUUUGCAAUGUCCUUAGUCCUUAUCACCAUUUCCCCUUUGUUCAUCGUAUAAUUAUGUUUCGAACCUAUUUUAUUCGGGUGAAACUCAGUUGUCGCCCAGACUCAGAGAUUGCGUGACACAUGGUAUGAACCAACAACUCCAUGAGUUUGUUUUUUUCGAUAUUAAUUUCUUGUUGAAGAGUUCAAUUUCGAAGUCAUUUCCAAAAUUUCUUCUUUAAUGGUCUUUAUGAUGAUAUGCUGUAGCUCAUUUGCAAUGCAUUGGACAAGUUAAAAGCUUGUUUAGUCCAGUGCAAAUGUAACAUCGUGGUUUAUUUGAAUCUAACUGCAGGUUUGGUGUGGGUAGAAGCAACCCGAGCACUUACAACAGCAAUUAAUCCUCUGGACAAAGAAGCAGAGAAACAGAAUCUCAGUGGGGUAGCUCCCCGUUACGCAUCCAACACACUAGAGCAGUAUCUACUGAGUUCUGGAGCAUCACUCAUUCUGUCAUCUCAUCUGUCAUCUGAAAACAUGCAUGCUAUUCCAGUGCUGGUGAUUCUCUUCAUGUUUGGUCGCCUCACGUUCGCUCUUGGGUACAAGUACUACCAUGCUCAUCGGGCAUUUGGGCAUAUGAUCACAGCCUUCCCGACUGUUUGCGUUUACGCGUAUUGUGUCUACCGCCUGGUCAUGAACAACUUUGGUUACAAUAGAAACAGGCAGAUUUGAUUUCAUCCAAAGUGUCCAUUUGAAUGUUCAAGUGUAGCAGUUCAAAGUUUAUACUAUCCCAAUCAGUCUGCUGAGAGGCUCCUUGGUAACAGGAUGGAUUGUAAUUCAUUGUAAAAUUUGGAGAAGAUAAAGUCACAUAAACAUGCAAAGAAGAAAGCUGAACUGUUAAAAUUACUACUUGGCAUUUCAUUUUUAUGAUGAAGGCUGAAAAACACCUGUUUCCUACAGACUCAUAACUGUAGGGAAUUAAAAUUGUUACAUGCAUGAACGAUCUAAGUGCAAUGUAUAUGUAUAAUUAUUCAUGAUUGACCAAGCAUUAAGUUGGCUGCCCUAU